AUGAAAAAAGACAAAAAACCGGAAGCCGUUGUGAAAAACAAACCCGUUGCCAGUUUGAAUGGUGAAAAUGGCUUGUCGGAAGCAACAAAUCAGGUCAAAGUUAAGAAAGACAAAACACCGAAAGUGGUAGAGAAAAGCAAAAGUGCUGUUGUUGCUGCACCCACUGCCGGUGCUGCGGUAAAUGGUGAGAAUGGGUCGUCCGAUACGAAAAAUCUAACACGCCGUUUGGAUCUAAUAAAAACAAUCGACGACGAUGAGGAGGUGGAAGAUUUCUCCGAAGAAUCCGAUACGGAGAUCGAGUUUCAACCGACCAAGCUGAAAAAUCAGAAGCUGACCGACUUCGACGGAAGUUUCCAGUUUGUUUCAUCGGUGAAGGAAUACAACCACGACACAUGGGACGAUUUGAUGCGUUUCGUGAAGCGCAAGAACCGCGGUGAGGUCAACGAUAAGAUCGCUAAUGUGAUACGGGACCGUACGAAGGAGAAUGCCGAUGCACUGAGGGAUGAUGAUGAGGAUGAUGGGGAUGAAGAUGCCAAGGUCAAGCACAACGAAGAGCUGGAUUUAUCGGAUGAUGAGCUAAAGCACGAUUAUAUGCGGGUGAAGGAGCGCAAGGGUAAAAAGCCGGUCACGGAAAAUGGUGGUCCCACUGUCGAGGUGAAGGAAGACACGGAAGAGGGUACGAAGGACUAUUUCGAGGAGAUGGAAGAGAAUCCACACGGCGAGAUACAAUCCUUUUACCAAAUGGAUCUUUCCCGUCCACUGAUGAAAGCGAUCGGUGCGCUCGGGUACAUCUAUCCGACGCCUAUCCAGGCAUCCACCAUACCGAUCGCGCUGAUGGGACGAGAUAUUUGUGGCUGUGCGGCAACCGGAACGGGAAAGACGGCGGCUUAUAUGUUGCCCACGCUUGAGCGUUUGUUGUACAAACCGAACUUGGCCCAGGCUGUCACGCGAGUGCUGGUGUUGGUGCCGACCCGCGAGCUUGGUGCGCAGGUGUACCAAGUGGCCAAGCAGUUGACUCAAUUUACCAACGUGGAUGUUGGCAUUGCAAUCGGUGGGUUGGACGUAAAGGCACAGGAAGCGGUACUUCGCAAGAACCCGGACAUUGUUAUUGCCACGCCCGGUCGGUUGAUCGAUCACAUCAAAAAUACGCCGAGCUUUUCGCUGGAUUCAAUUGAAAUCCUGAUUCUCGAUGAAGCCGACCGCAUGCUGGACGAAUAUUUUGCGGAACAGAUGAAGGAAAUUAUACGCAGCUGUUCCGCCACCCGCCAGACGAUGCUGUUCUCCGCCACGAUGACGGAGGAGGUGAAAGAUUUGGCCGCUGUUUCGCUGAAAAAGCCGGUAAAAAUUUUCGUCAACAAUAAUCAAACGGUGGCGUUCAAUUUGCGCCAGGAAUUUAUACGUAUUCGCGAGGGACGCGAAGCGGAUCGGGAAGCCAUACUGGCGGCGCUGGUUUGCCGUACCUUUCACGAUCACUGUAUGGUGUUUGUGCAGACGAAGCGUACUGCGCAUCGUUUGCGCAUUUUGCUCGGAUUGCUUGGCGUGAAAACGGGUGAACUGCACGGUGACCUUACCCAGGCGCAGCGUCUCGAAUCGCUAAAACAGUUUAAGGACGAACAGAUCGACAUCCUCGUAGCGACGGAUGUGGCAGCGCGUGGUUUGGACAUUAGCAGCGUGAAAACGGUCAUCAACUUUGUUAUGCCGGCAACAAUGGAACAUUACAUUCAUCGUGUCGGUCGUACGGCACGUGCAGGGAAGGCGGGUGUUUCGGUUUCGCUUGCCGGCGAACAGGAGCGCAAAAUCGUGAAAGAAAUUGUAAAGAAUGCCGUCAGCUCGGUAAAGAAUCGUAUUAUUCCGCUGGAUAUUAUCGAAAAAUACCGUAAUAAGGUGGCAGCACUCGAGCCAGAGAUUGACCAUGUACUGGCAGAAGAACGGGCGGAAAAGCUGUUACGCCAGACGGAACAACAGCUUACCAGCGCAGAGCGCAAACUAAAGGGACAACCGGCCCCCAAACAGGACGGUCCACCGCGUGAAUGGUUCCAAACGUUACACGAACGGCGCGAAGAGAAGACACGGCUGGCUGGGGAGGAAGCGGCCGAGAAAAAGAAGGCCAAAAAGCGCAAGCGUCGUGGUGAUGAGGAUGAAGAUGAUUUCGAUCCCGUUCGGUACCAUCAGGAAAAGAUGAAGAAACAGAGCGCGCAGUCCGGUGGGGAUAAAAAGAAAGCGAAGAAAGAUGCGAACGCAAACGCAGAUGCAAAUAAAACCCCGAAACAGAUGGCACGGGAACGAGCGCUAGACGAGCUGCGCAAGGUGUCUAUGGUGCAAGCGAAACUGGCCAAGAUACGUAAUCGGCCGGCAAGCAUUAAGGCCACCGAUGAUAACGAUCACGCUGAAUCGUCCGGAGGAGCCGGUGGCAAAAAGAAUCGCAAGAAGCAGAAGAACUUCUCGCGCUUUGAGCGGGACCUGACGGAUGUGGGCGCGAAAAAUGUGAAGAAGCUUCGGUACGAUGCGUCGAAGAAGCAGCGCAUGGACAAACUGGACAAACGCAAACAGAGCGGAUCGAAAAUGAGCUCGGAAAAGCUGCGCAACAAGCAUGGUUUAAAUAAGCAAACAAAGGGCAAAUCGUUCGGUCAAAAAGCGCCGAAACGUAAGCCGGCGGGAGGUUUCGGGGGAGGUGGUAAGAGUAAGGGGCGGAAGUGA